AUGGCCGACGUACGGGUCAGCCAAGAAACUAAAAAUUCCAUUGCUGUACUCAGACCUCCCAAUACUGCGUUCCACCAGCAACGUUUAGCCACAUGGGAACCAGCUUGGACGCCGAAAGCUAUCUGGCCCAUCCUGAUGGCUGUGGCAACUGUUUUCCUUUCGAUUGGAUUGGCAUUACUUUACGUUUCGUACAACACACCUGAACAGGUGCUGGAUUACACCGACUGUCAAUCUACCGAAGAUCCAUCACGCAGAAGCUGUGCAGAAAUCAUCGAUCACAAUCCAGGGACGGUGUGCAGUUGCAGCAUCAUCUUUACGCUAGAUCGUGCUUUUCCACCACCAGUGUAUCUCUACUACGCCCUGACGAACUUCUACCAAAACCAUCGGCAGUACACCCUUUCGCGCGACGAUGGCCAACUCCAGGGAGUUUUAUCGAAGACGCCAUCCGAAAGAUGUCGCCCGUUUGACUUCGCUAAACACGGAGAUGAACUACGACCAAUCCUACCCUGCGGCGCCCUUGCCAACUCGCUCUUCAACGAUUCGUUCACUCUCACGGUGCUGGCAUCCCCAGAGUUGCGUACUCCAGUCCCGCUCGUAGGUGGUGGAGCACUUUGGCCACAUGAGCGGGGCCUUAAAUUUCGUAACCCUAAAGGUGAUCUUCGUCUGUUGCUGUCCAAGUACGCUCGGCCCCCCGCCUGGUCUCGAGAGCUCUGGGAAUUGGAUCCGGCCAACCCGGAUAACAACGGACUACAGAAUGAGGACUUUAUCGUGUGGAUGCAGCCGGCUGCUUUGCCAAACUUUCGAAAGCUUUUCCGGAAGGUCGCCCAUUUGGGGACAACCUUUGAGAGGGGAUUGCCAAGCGGCAACUACACACUCCGCAUCAACUACAGCUACACGGUGAAGUCCUUUUUCGGCAGGAAGUCUGUCAUCAUCAGCUCCAGUUCCGUGCUCGGUGCACGCAAUCCGUUCCUAGGCUGGGCUUUCAUCACCGUGGCCAUAGCGUGUCUGAUUUUCGCGUGUUUAUUGUACGCGUUUUGA